GCAGGGAGACCAAGGAAAAUCCCGCUUGACGCGGCGCUUUCUUACUUCAGUCGCCAAAAGGGCUUUUCUUGGGCUUCAUUCUGCCCUCCUUUCAUCUCUGCUGUCUCAGAUACUAUCUCACAUGAGCAGCUUGUCUGCAGGCUGUGAGUGCUGCUAGGGCAGAGCUGUCAGAUGGACUUUGCUGAGGGGAGUUCCCCACACGGGCACGGCUCGAGGGUCCCCAUCCCUCUGGUUCCUCUGGCUCUCUGUGCUGCUCCAGGUGCACAAUGACAACCAUGGACAAAAUCCCCAGGAGCAGCACACCUGCAAAGCACAGCCUGGCCAAGGCUCUCUACGACAACAAGGCCGAGUGCUCGGACGAGCUGGCGUUCCGCAGAGGGGACAUCGUGACGGUGCUGGAGCAGCACGUGGCGGGCAGCCAGGGCUGGUGGCACUGCUCCCUGCACGGCCACCACGGGCUGGCCCCUGCCAACCGCCUGCAGCUCCUGCCGCCCUGCCCGGAGCCGCCAGCCGCACUCGGCAUCUACCAGGUGCCCUCCGUGCCCUCCGUGCCCUCCGCGCCAGCAAUGCCCACAGUGCCCACAGCGCCCACAGCGCCCACGGCGCCCUCGGCCACCUACGAGAAGAUGGAGGGCUGGGUCCAGCCCCAGCUCGUGUACCAGGUGCCAGCCCUGCCAGCACAGCUGCUCAGUGAGAGGACCAAGCGCUCCACGCACCAGGACCUGUUUACCCUGCCCAGACCCUGCAGGGCCUCAGCCCCCAACAUCAGGGGUGAGGUGUACGAUGUCCCCUCCUCGCAGCACCGAGGGUCUCCCCUGCCACAGAGUGGUGCCACUCCCCCCAGCACAAGGAAGGGCUCCAUGCUGGGCAGAUCCACUGAGAGCUUCCAGGCAGAGCAGAAGCAGCUUUACAAGAUCCCAUCCAAGGCAGAAAGAGGAGGAGCUGGCAGCCAGGACUCACCAGCAGGCAGUUUAUAUGAUGUCCCUCCCAAAAGAGAGCUCGGUGACUCAGAAAAUAAACCUCAGAAGAAGUUCUGGGGCCAUUACAACACCUUGCCAAACCCUCGGAAGUCCGAAUGGAUUUACGAUAUUCCAGUUUCCCCCGAAAAUUCCGGAUUCAAAGCCAGCCCUCCUGGGCAGGCUGGGCAGAAGCAGGUGCUGUAUGACAUUCCCCCAGCCAGGUACAAGGCUCCAGCUGAAGGCAGGGCUGGGAACCCACAGCUGUACGACAUUCCACCACCAGCACAGCGGAAAUUAACGCUUCCAGAAAUCCCCCUGUACGACGUCCCACCCUCACGGGACGCGCUGCUCCUGCCACAGAACGGCACCUCUGAGCUGCCCCCGAGGCUCCUGGCUGCCAAGGCUGACAGUCACAUCUCUGAGGAGAGCGUUUAUGAUAUUCCCAAAGGUUUGCCCAGUGCUGGGCACUCCAAGAAAGAGGUGGAAAACAACAGGGACCAAGCACACGGUGCUUCUCCACAGCUCUCCAUGGAUGCCAAGUCGGAAAAUGACACUUUGUGUGUCGCUAGUGUGGAAAGCAGAAGCAGCACUCUCUCCUCAUCCUCCAGCUCUUCUGCUGAGUCGUUUUCUAGGCUGUCACCAUCACCAGAGCCUGUCCAAGAAAUCAAACUGGAGCUAGAAGCAGCCAUUGAGACCCUGACCCGGCUGCAGCACGGCGUGUCCAGCUCCGUCGCCAGUUUAAUGAUCUUUGUGAGCAGCAAGUGGAGGUUGCAGGAGCACCUGGAGAAAAACCUGGAGGAGAUCCACAGAGCAGUGGACCACAUAAAGGUGUCAUUGGGAGAGUUCCUGGCCUUUGCUCAAGCCCUGAAGGGAAACGCCUCCAACCUCACGGAUAGCAACCUGCAGGCCAGAAUUAAAAAGCAGCUGGAAAUCCUCAUGAGCUCCUACAAAAUAUUGACAGAAACGAGGGAAGCGCUCAACAGCUGCAGCUGGGCCCUGGAGGCUUUGGUGCUCAGGAAGCCCCAGAACAACCCUGAUGACCUGGAUCGCUUUGUUAUGGUGGCCAGGACAAUUCCAGAUGAUAUCAAGAGGUUUGUGUCCAUCAUCAUCGCCAACGGGAAGCUGCUCUUCAGGAGGAACGAGAAGGAGCAAGAAGAGAAGCAACCAAAAGUGAACCCAGAAUGCAAAAUGGCAAAACAGAUCCCAAUGCCAAGAAGAGUAGAAAUUGAGUCACUGCAGAGAAAUGCUCCUGAGAAACCCAGCCAAAGCCAGGUCCCUGUGCAGAAACCAGAAGAGAACUGCAGUGAGGAUUGUGAUUAUGUCCAGUUACAGGUCUCGCCAUGUGCAAAAAAGACUGAGAACGGCAGCAGGCAGGAGCCUGGCAGGAGAAUGCCCCUCCCCGAGCACUGCAGGCUGUGCUUCGCUGCCCUGCACAAGGCCCUGGGCGUGUUCAGCGCCAGCCUCAGCAGCCAGCAGCCCCCCGAAAUCUUCAUCUCCCACAGCAAGCUCAUCAUCAUGGUGGGCCAGAGGCUGGUGGAUUCCCUGUGCCAGGGGAGCCAGGACAGGGAGGCCCGCAGCGACAUCCUGCACAGCAGCAGCCGCUUCUGCAGCCUGCUCAAGAACCUGGCCCUGGCCACCAAGAGCGCCGCCCUGAAGUUCCCCAACGCCGAGGCCAGCCGGGAGCUGCGCGAGCAGGCCGAGCAGCUGGCCCAGUACACGCAGCAGUUCAGGGCCAUGAUGGACUGAGGGGCCGCGGCUGCUCCUGGGCACCUCAACUCCACCACGAACUCCCUGGGUGCUGGUGCAGGUCCCCACACUCAGAACUCCCACCAGGAACUCCCUGGGUGCUGGCUCUGGGGAACAUCCCCUCACUCAGAACUCCCACCACGAAUUCACUGUGUGCCAGUACAGGUGAAGACCCCCACUCAGAACUCUUACCAGGAAUUCCCAGGUUCAGGUGAAGAUCCCCUCACUCAGAAUUCCCACCAGGAACUCCCUGGUAUCAGGUGAAGAUCCCCUCACUCAGAAUUCCCACCAGGAAUUCCCAGGUUCAGAUGAAGAUCCCCUCACUCAGAAUUCCCACCAGGAACUCCCUGGUAUCAGCUGAAGAUCCCCUCACUCAGAAUUCUCACCAGGAAUUCACUGUGUGCCAGUGCAGGUGAAGAUCCCCACAUUCAGAAUUCCCACCAUGAACUCCCUGGGUGCUGGUGAAGAUCCCCACACUCAGAAUUCCCACCAGGAAUUCCCUAGGUGCCAAUACAGGUGAAGAUCCCCACACUCAGAAUUCCCACCAGGAAUACCCUGGUUCAGGUGCAGAUCCCCUCACUUGGAAUUCCCUCCAGGAAUUCAUUGUGUGUCAGUGCAGGUGAAGAUCCCCACUCAGAAUUCCCUCCAAGAGCUCCCUGGUAGCAGAUGAAGAUCCCUACUCAGAAUUCCCACCAGGAGUUCCCUGGGUGCUGGUUCAGGUGCAGAUCCCCUCAAGCAGAAUUCCCACCAGGAAUUUCCCUGGUAGCAGGUGAAGAUCCCCACAUUCUGAGCUCCCACCAGGAAUUCACUGUGUGCCAGUGCCGGUAAAGAUCUCCCCCACUCAGAAUUCCCACCAGGAGCUCCCUGGUAGCAGGUGAAGAUCCCCCCAUUCAGAAUUCCCACCAGGAGCUCCCUGGGUGCCACUGCAGUUGAAGAUCCCCACGGCAGCUAAUGCAGAAGAAUUAAAUCUGCAAUUUCUUCUGCAGUGUUCACAUCCUGCCUGGAAAUGUCAUUGUCACAGUGGCUGGGUGGGAAUGUUUGCUGUGUAUUGGAGCAAAAGUUGUUGAUUAUUGGACUGAUUUCUUGGUUUUUUUUUUUUUUUUUUUGUUCUCUAUGUAUGUCUGAUAAAUGUAUUUUCCUUUUUAGUUGUUUUUUCUACUCCUGUAAAUUCUGUCUUUAAAUGUAGCUGCAUAAUGUUCUGUAACUUAUGAU